AUGGUAGCACCAUAUAUAAAGAAAGAGGAUACAGUUAUGAGGCAAGCUAUAUCACCGAGAGACAGGCUUUGUAUUACAAUUAGAGACAUUAGUUAUUCAACUCGUGUUGCACCUAAUACCAUAUCCCAAAUCGUGAGAGAAACUCUUGAAGCAAUUGUAACCGUUCUUCAAGAUAACUUUAUAAAAUUUCCAUCUUCAGCACAAGAGUGGGAAUCUGUUGCCCACAAAUUUGAGACAACAUGGAGUUUUCCUCAUUGCAUAGGGGCAUUGGAUGGAAAGCAUAUCAGAUUUUGUCCAUCACGAAGUGAUGGUUCGAAAUUCUGA